AUGGCUAUGUUGCAUCAGUUCCUAGGCUAUCUGCUGGAGCCACUUUUGUUCAUUGCUCCUUACCCAUAUAUCGCGUUCUAUCCAAAAUUUACUGCUUCGCGCCAUGUUCGGUCUGUUAAUUUUCCAGCUUCGGAUGUGCAGACGAGUGGUAUAAUGGGCCAACAGACCAAUAACUCUCUCUUGGGCGUUAUCUAUCCGACCAAAGGCAUCGUGUUAUGGUUUAUAUGGUCUUUCUCAAGAAAACUGGCUCUGCCUUUUCUUGCCAAAUAUUUACCAGUGUGUCUCAGCAAGUGCGUCUUGAUGAUGGUCUCUGCUCCGGUCCAACUGCUGUGGCUUCAUGCAAUUCUGUCCGACACCCCUUUGUCACUGGGUGCUUCAACGAGAUAUCUUCGCUCCAUCACAGCGAUGCAGUGGCUGCAGUUUGUUAUUAACGUCUUGUCAUUUUGUCUUGUUGAAGAGACCAUAGAGGUUGCUAUCGAUGAAAGCCUUCAAUUGUCUAUAGGCAACCAUAACUUCAGUGGUGACCUGGAGACAAAUGAAGCUAGGUUGGUUAGUCGUAUCAUCAUGAUUCACUAUGCUGUAUCCAAAGCUGCAAAGCUUCUUCUAUGGGUUCCAGCUACUGUUGCGGCUGUACAGGCAGCUCCUGUUAUACACAGAGGGGAACAUGACCAAAUCACGCACGGGUUCUGUGCCAGCAUGGUCGAAUGUAUGAAGUCGAUACCACUGUCACUGUGGUACAGGUGUGGUAUCUACUAUUGCGUUGCAGCGGCUAUUGGAGUCUUGUCAAAGGUAGUCGACGCUAUAUUCGUCGUGAAUGUCACCUUGGCUAAAUCUGGUGAAAAAUCCGCACACCUUGGGGAUCCUACCUUGUUAACAUAG